ACAGCCCCGCUCUUCCCAGCCGGCUGCUUUGCAGUGCCCGGGCCACGGCGGCGGCCGUGGGAGCAGAGGUGGGACAGAUGCGAGCAUCACGGCAGUGGGCGCACUGAGGUUGGGGACGGAGCUGCGCGGGAGCUACCCACAUUCUAGAGGUGGAGCGACCCCAUUACGCUAAAGAUGAAAGGCUGGGGUUGGCUGGCCCUACUUUUGGGGGUGCUGCUGGGAACUGCUUGGGCUCGAAGGAGCCAGGAUCUACACUGUGGAGCUUGCAGGGCUCUGGUGGAUGAACUAGAGUGGGAAAUUGCCCGGGUGGACCCCAAGAAGACCAUUCAGAUGGGAUCCUUCCGAAUCAAUCCAGAUGGCAGCCAGUCAGUUGUGGAGGUGCCUUACGCCCGCUCAGAGGCCCACCUCACGGAGUUGCUGGAGGAGGUGUGUGACCGCAUGAAGGAGUAUGGUGAACAGAUCGACCCUUCCACCCACCGCAAGAACUACGUGCGCGUCAUGGGCCGGAAUGGAGAAUCCAGCGAACAAGACUUACAGGGCAUCCGAAUUGAUUCAGAUAUCAGCGGCACCCUCAAGUUUGCGUGUGAGAGCAUUGUGGAGGAGUACGAGGACGAACUUAUUGAAUUCUUCUCAAGAGAGGCUGACAAUGUUAAAGAUAAACUUUGCAGUAAGCGAACAGACCUAUGUGACCAUGCCCUGCACAGCUCGCAUGAUGAGCUAUGAACACUGGAGCAAGCAGCCUAGACCAACGCGAUGAAAUACCCCCAGGAGGGGAAGAUGGUGGCAUUGCCUUUUAUAUUAUGUUUUUAUGGAAAUGAACUGAAAAAAAGUCUGAAACCAAAAGCACAAGC